GGCUCGGCUCGGCUCGGCUCAGCUCAGCUCAGCUCAGCUCAGCUCAGCCUGACUCGGCUCGGUUUGGGCCGCUCCGGGCGGAGUUUGAGCUGAGAUUCAGCGGCUGCCGGGCACCGGGAGGAGAAGCGGCGUGCCCGGGGUGUGAUUCCUGCCACCCCACCCCUCUCCCCAGGCUGGGGCCAUGGCUGAGAUGAUUUUUGGCAGCGGGAUGGGCCCCUGGGUUUGCCCCAACGACCGGCAGCUGGCCCUGAGAGCCAAGCUCCAGACGGGCUGGUCAGUGCACACAUUCCAGACUGAGAAGCAGAGGAAGAUGCAGGCUCUGAGCCCCAAGGAGCUUGAGGUCAUCCUGGGAGUGAUCCGCAAGGCAGAGCAGCUGGACGUGGUGGAGCAGCAGCGCGUCGGGCGCCUGGUGGAGCGGCUGGAGAACAUGAGGAAGAACGCCAUGGGGAACGGCCUCUCGCAGUGCCUGCUCUGUGGGGAGAUGCUGGGGCUGCUGGGCAGCUCCUCUGUCUUCUGCCAGGACUGCAAAAAGAAAGUUUGCACCAAGUGUGGGAUAGAAGCUGUCGGAGCCCAGAAACGUCCCCUGUGGUUGUGCAAGAUCUGCAGUGAGCAGAGAGAGGUCUGGAAGAGGUCUGGGGCUUGGUUCUACAGAGGGCUGCCCAAGUACAUCACGCCCUUGAAGAGCAGCAGCAGAGCCCUGGAGCUGCAGGGCCAGCCCUGGCAGGGCGAGGCGGCCGAGCCCGAGAGCGUCGGGAGCAGCCGCUCCUUCACCUGGGCCAGGGGAAAAGUGGUUUCCAGUGACAGCGAGAGCGACUCAGAGCUCAGCUCCUCCAGCCUGGAUGACAAACCCGUGGGAUCCAAAGGCUCUCAAGGGAGGAAGCUCCAAGCAGGAAUGGGCAAUCACAUUUAUAAGGCUUUCCUGUUUCAUCUUCCCCAACAACACCCGCUUCCCACGCCCUCAGCAGCAUCUCUGUCCUGUCCCUGCAGCACCCACCAGGGGACCCAGCCAGGCCAGGGGCACAGCCCUGGGGACCCCCCCGUGCCCCCAGGUGUGGGGGAGCCACAGCAGCCUGGGCAGCGAGCAGGGAGCCGAGCUCAGCCCCACGGAGAGCGGCCGGAGUGACCGAGCCUCGGGCAGGCGCCACAGCGACGCCAGCACCCCUGGCAAACCACGAGCCCACAGCAGGACACGGCUCUGAUGGGGGCGAAGAUGGAGCUGCUUUUUCCUGGAUCCAGCACUGCCACUCCUCAGAUCCCACUCCAGACAGGAGCUGCUGCCAGUGGUGACGUUGUGCCAGGCACUGGCAGCACGGUGGCAGCUGGGACAGCCCCUGCCAGUCCUCUGAGAGCCCCAGCAGAGAGCCUGGGGCUGGGAUUUGCCCAUGGAUCCCGUGGGGAAGGUGCUCCUUGUGUUUGCUGGCGUUGUUUUGUUCUGGUUGGAGUUUGGAGGGGGCUUCAGGAGCCAGAAGCUCCUGAUGAUGAACCUGGUGAAGCUGUGCUCCUGUUCCCUGCCUCUCUGCUCAGGGUAAAGGAACCCUCCAAGGAGUUUGCUGUGAUUUUUUCACUCCCCUUGGCUCGUGGGAGGGUGGGGGUCAGGGGACAUGUGUUUGUCCCAGCCCAGCUGGCUGUGAGUGCCCAAAUGGGAUAAAAGCUUUCAAAUGACUUUAUCCUGCAAAGCUCUGCAGAUUCCCCUCCCACGUGCACACCUUACAUGAGCAAGGGCCUUUCUUUUGCCUUUUUCCUGGAAGUCUUGAGCAUCUGGCUGACUCUGGUGGUGUCAUCAUGAGUCAGGCUGUUGAAAACUGUGUGCCCUGGUCCUGCUUAUCCUCCAGAAUGGACAAUUUCCCUCUAAGGCCUGACAGAUGGGAAAAAUCAAAUUACCUCACGUCUCUAGAGCAAUUAGAUCUUUGAAGGCCUGAACAAAACCCACACUGGGAGUCUGUGGAUUUUAUGAAAUGCUUUGGAGCUGACCUGUGUAU